AAAUUCGUGAAGUGAAGCCUUGUGCGGAUGAUUUUAAACGACAUUGAAUUAAGAAACUUACUUAAAUUUAUUUUAACUUAUAACUUAAUAAUUACAGUUUAUAUUAUUACUAACUCUUAGUACAAUGUCUCGUUCCGUACGCGCCGAAACUAGAAACCGUGUUAAAGAUGACAUCAAAAGAGUCAUGCAAGCUGUUGAAAAAGUUCGCCAUUGGGAAAAGAAAUGGGUGACGAUAGGGGAAACAACCAUGAAAAUAUAUAAAUGGGUGCCAAUAUCAACAAACGAGCAGAAGAAGAAGCACGCGGCCAAGCGAGAUAAUAAGGAAAACACGUUGACCCCCAAAAAGAUGCACGAUUCAUCCAACUCCAACUUCGGAAUGGCCGAGGAUUCUAACACUUGUUUCUCAACUGUGAGUGACUCCCAGGGCCCUACAGAGUUCACUUCAACACACAUGAACUUCUCAGAGGACUCAAACUCGCAAAGCAGUGGCACCACAACACCGGCGAAACGGUUAAAGACUGAUUGAGGCAAGCUCAACAAAUAAAUGCCUCUCAGAGGCAAGGACUAUUGCAACAGGCUGGUGGAGUCUGGCUAAUCAAAGUUGAACCAAGCAAAUUCAGUCUGGCAUAAAAUGGAUGCUUACCAAUUGAAUUGCCAUAAAACUGAUUUUGCUUGGUUCAACUUUUGUUAGUCAUACUAGUGAUGGCUAAGCAGUGCUAUUUGAUAUUAACAUUUACUUCUAUUGUUUUAAUGUCUGUGCUGUGAAUACUAUUUAUAUAAAUGCUGCCAUACAUGAUACUUGUGAGCAAGGUGAGCUUGCAGGCAACUCGGCAGCUUACUUUAAGUGCUAAGAGUUGUUUUAUUGUUGAUAGGUUUGGCCAACACUAUUUUACAGCUUAACAUUUUUAUUUGCAUUUUAACCGCAUUUUAUACCAUAAUUAGCUGUCCAUCAUUUAUCCCAGGCAUAAAAAAAUUGUCUCUUUCACACUCACAUGCUAGAAAACAGACAAAUGUUUUAUGUUAGUUAUAAAUGGUGACUAAAAUAUGUAUGAAUUAUUUGUAAAUAUCUACUUAAAUUAUUGAGUAAAUCAUUGAUGUGUUUAAAUAUGAAGCUGUUCUUAAGAAUUACAAGUCACCAAUGUUAUAAUUUCAUGUUAUCUAACAUUGAUAAUAUGUGGUCUAAAUUUAAUGACUAUUAAUAGAAUAAACGAAAAUGUGACUUAAUAUUAACUAUAUAAAAGUGUAUACAUACAAAUUUUAAUGCUAGGCUUGUAUUUUAGGUAUUAAAAAUAAAAUUUAUAAAAUUUUCUUUUCUUAAGCACAAGUACAAAAUAGCAAUAUCUGUAACUUAUUUGUUAGUGUAAGACAUGCGUCGGGUAAAUUAUUUUCUUUUUAGAAUGAGGAUACAGAUUCAUGAAUCAGGAUUUAGAAGGGCACUAUUGACUAAUCAUAAUAUUAAAUAUGUGUAAUAGGUAAAAACUUAUAGUGUAUCAUAAAGACACAAACACAUUAUGCAUAGCAAACUUGGGAGAUUAAUAUCAAGGUCUGUAUUUUAUCUGCCCAUUCAAAAGAAUGGGUCUAACACAUUUCAGAAAAAGAUCAUUCUGUAGACAAAACACCAAGUUAAGGACCAGGAAAACUAUAUCCUUUGUAGAAUGCAGUUCAAAAUUUAAUUCUCUAAACUUUGCGAUGUCUACAGGAAAGACGCGAACAUGUGUAAUUAUGACCCAAAUAAGGUUUUCUGUUUUGUCAAAAUAAUUCAUAAGACAAAGUAUUUAGUUUUAAACUGAAGUCACGUUUCUAUGUACAGAAAACAAAUGUGAAAGAUUGAGAUUUUAUUUGUAAUAAGACAAUACGGAAUAUAA